CGAUUCACUGAUAAGAGCACUCUGAACUGAAGUACAGUUCAUGUGAAUCGCUCUGGGAAACACGGGUAAAUUAUCGCGCGAAUUUAAUCUUGGAAAAAUUAACGAAAAUGUCUGGGAAACACCAAAACUCGCCGGACCGAAUUGCGAUUCAUACGGGAAAUUUGCUAAAUUUUAACACUUUGAAAAUUCGUGCAGGACAAACACCAAAAGAUGAGCUGCUAGAAAGCUUAAAUCUAGUUAUUUCAAAACCAGAGACUCGGAAAACCACAGAAAAUGUAAUACAAGUGGAUGGUGGAAGUCCCUUGGAUGGCGUUGAUGAUCCUGAAGAACGAAAGGACUUGAAGACAAGUUUGAAACUAUUCCUCCCUUCCUUUAAACCUGAAGCAAUACAUGAAGCUCUUCAAAGUGCCUUAGGUGCCCUUGGAAGUCAAACAGUCGACUCCCUGGUGAUCGCAUAUAAUGAUAGGAAUGGUCCUAAAAAUUUCCUCUCAAAUCUGGAAGCUCUAUGGAAAAUAUCUGAGGAAUACGUUCAGAAUGGGAAAAUUCUUAGGAUUGGGCUGUGUGACCUUGACACUGAAGAUUUCAUCACUUUCUACAACAACGUGGCGAUCAAACCAAGUAUAGUACAAAUCAAUUUAUCUGCCUGCUGUGUGGUCCCUCCCCAGCUGCAGGAAUUUACCAAACAGCAUGAUAUUCAACUUUUGACUCACAAUGAUCCUUUGGAUAUUCUCACGGACGAAUUAUUUUCCCAGCUUUUCAAAUCGACCGGGAUUGAAUGCCGUGCUUCAUUAAGUUGGGUAGUUAGGUAUCAGAUUCAUGUAAAAUGUCGCGGUGUGCUAUGUAGCAAGGGUUAUUUCAUAAGUGCUCAAAAAAUCUAGUCUACUACUUGUUUAUUUACUAAUAAUACUUUUAAGAUUUUUUAUACAGACUUGAGGAAGCUUUAAUAUUCAAACUUGCCUAUACUUACUAGGUUGUACAUGUACCUCUCUGGAUCACAUCACAAAUUAAAAAAGGUCCCGAGUAGCCUAAGAGGUAAGAGGAAAGGUUAGAACUCAUACUGACUUAGUUUUUCAACUUUUGGAUGUAGGAUGAAAGAUGAGAAAUCUAAAGCCUGGCCCUAAAAGUUGAAAGAGCAUUUGUCCUGACUCUAACAAGUUAUUCGGCUGAAUGGCAGUUGAAGACUUGAACCGGUGAAUCUGGUAUAUCAAAGGGCUAAAGUUGAAAAAUGCAUCACUCAAAUUGCAAUGUAAGUCUGCUCAUGUUUUAUUUCAUUGAAGAGAAUCUGAACAACAGUUUCUUUUGAAAUUUUCUUUGCGCAUUUUAAAUAAAUCACACUAACUUACAAGGGAUCAUUUCAAUUAAUUUCCCUUGAAGAAAA